AUGUUAUCAUCAAGGUUUUCGUUUUUGGGGAUCGGGAGUUACAGCGAAGUUAAUGACUCUUUGGGUGUUUCUGGAAGAAAUCUCAAACCAACUCUGAGUGUGCAAACGGAUAAAGAUGUGUACAGGCCUGGAGAUUCCAUAUUUGUAACUAUUGAGGUUGGUUAUUCUCCUGUAAGGGAUCAUGAGAGCGGAGGAGCUACACCCUCAAUUUUGAUUGAAAAGCUUAGCUUUGAGGUCAAAGGAGUAGAGCAACUGGACGUUCAUUGGUUUUCUACUCAAAAGCCAUCACCAGGAAGCAAAGGACGAAGAGGUAUACAAGGUGAACACGUCUUUCUAGACAGUUCAACACCAUCCUUGAUUUCAAAUCAACUCAUAUCCCCUGGUGCUAAGAUGACAUUAAUGGUUCGAGCUAUACUCCCGGAGAUAUUACCACCUUCUUACAAGGGUGCUACUUUACGUUACCAUUACUUCAUCAAAAGCACAUUAAGUGGAAGAUUAAUGGCAUCAGAGAACAGUCAAUUUUACGAAGACUCGACAAAAGAUUUCAUCGAAGUGGCGACUCGAAUCCCAAUACAGGUAUGGGUAAGUCAGAAGAACAACGGGUUGCUAUUAGAGGAAAAUCAAACCGAUGGGAUUGUUCCAACUAGUACCAUUCAGACAGAAAUAUACUGGAAAGAGAUGGAUGGAGACUCGGAAUGGACUAGAGCAAAUGACGCAUAUGAUAGUGCUGAGGAUGGAUAUGACAGUUCACGCGAUGAGAUCUCGUCUGUUUCUUCCUAUCCCAACAAGGGAAGUUUAAACAGAGCCUUUGGGAGUUCACUGUCCCUGAACUCUGGACCGCGGUUAUCAAUGAAAGACACGUCAUACAUUGAAGAAGGUGUUGGAUCAUCUCCAAAAAUGAUGCUUUCUCAUUUAUCAGCUGCCGUGGUGUCUUAUGAUUCUGGGACUGAUGGCUUUUCACCUGAUAAAUCAUCAAAUUCUGUGAUUCCAAGCGAACACCCGAAGCAGACAAAUAGUCCAGGAGCAUCAAUGUCACCAAAAGCUGGAACUGGAGAAUCAGUUCCUUCAGAAGGAUUUACACGAGGAAGAUCUUACAACAUUAAAAUGGAUGACCAAGUCCUUCUUAGAUUUUCCCCCAAGAACGCCGACUCUACUUAUUACUUCAGCGAUAGUAUUGGUGGAACUCUUACUUUCUUCCAUGAAGAAGGAGCCAGAAGAUGCCUCGAGGUCUCAGUUACCUUAGAAACAAAAGAGACAGUAAAUAGGAGAUUUAUCCAUCAGUCUAGGAGGAAUUCUCCAAUGCUUGCUAAGGUCCAAAGCGAUCACCAUGAGGUAGUGGCCGACCUUAUUCAAACCAGCUUUCUCUUUUCGAUUCCUGCGGAUGGUCCCAUGUCAUUUACUACACCCCGUGUUUCUGUGCAAUGGAUUCUACGGUUUGAGUUUUUAACUACCCCGGCGAAUGUGGACUUCAGCAGGUACGAACAUCCGUUGUUAAUCCCAGAACGAGAGAAAAGUGAUUGGAUUCUUCCGAUCACGGUACACGCACCACCGCCUCGGACAUCAGCUGCUCAAAACAGAGGCGAUAAGCUCUUUGGUUUGGAGCCUUCUUGGAUUCGUAGCUAA